AUGUCACCCAUCGGCGUCUCCAGGGGACGCACGUCCAGCGAGACCCUCGAUUCCUUCACCCAAAUGGCCGAUAAGGACCUGGAGUCGAUCGGCCGCCACUGCCAAUACGAAUACUGCCACCAACUCGACUUCCUCCCGUUCCGCUGCGAGUCGUGCCGGGGCACAUACUGCCUCGACCACCGCACCGAGACAGCCCACCACUGCCCGAAAGAAGGCGAAUGGGCGCGCCGCCGCAACAACAACAACAACAACAACAACACAUCCACAACCACCGGUCCUCCCACGCAGAAACCCACCAUCUACAACACAGAGCAGUGCGCACACGUCGCCUGCAAAACCCUCAUCAACACCAUGAAAGACCCCGCCGUGCGCUGCCCAAACUGCAACCGCCAGUAUUGUCUCAAGCACCGCCUGCGCGAGGAGCACGAGUGUGCGAAGAUUGCGCCGCUGGGCGCGCGAGCUGGCGGGCAGGGCGCGAACUCCGCGGAGACGAUCCGGUCGAUGUUUGCGCGCGUGCGCACGUGGGGGAAGGAGAAGGGCGCGGCGGGGGCGGCGCGGCCGAAGAGUGGUGCUGCGGCGCGGGUCUCGGAGCUGAAUGCGCUGAAGAAGGCGGCGAAGGGGGACGCCGGGGUGCCUGUGGAGAAACGGCUGUAUGUGCAUGUGGUGGGGACGGCGGAGACGCAGAAGGCGGAGCCGCCGAGGGGGGAGUUCUGGUUUGAUUCGAGGUGGAAGGUUGGGCGCGUGCUGGACGAUGCGGCGAAGCGGUUGCGCGUGGAGAAUGUGAAUAACCGGGCGGGUGAGGAGGAGCGGCUGCGCAUCUUCCACUUGGAGUCUGGGGAGUUUUUGGAGUUCGCGGAGACAAUUGGCGCGGGGAAGGUGAAGCAGGGGCAUACUCUUGUUCUGCUGAGAGGAGCCGGUGUGAUGCUGGGCAAGUCGUGA